AUGCCUGCCUCAUACAAGCAAAUCUCCAGAUCAACAACAAGAAGCAUGGCUCCGAGAAACGUUGUGGUCAUCAUCGGAACUGGAGGCAUGGGCCUCGCCGUCGCCCGUCGACUCGGCAGCGGCGCACAUCUCGUCCUCGCCGACUUUUCGCAGGCACAGCUCGACAAGGCCGCCGAGACCCUUCGUGGAGAGGGUCAUGCCGUCCAUGCUAUACAGACAGAUGUCUCAAGUCUCGAAUCGGUCCAGAACCUCGCGACAGAAGCGUCGCAGCUCGGGACGAUCUGCGCGAUCGCUCACACUGCCGGACUAUCGCCUGUCCAGGCUCCUCCGGAUAAGAUCUACCAGGUCGACUUGCUGGGCACUGUCCAUGUGAUUGAGACAUUCCUGACCGUCGCGUCGGCGGACACAUCACUGGUGGUAAUCGCAAGUCUCGCCGGGCACCAAGCGCAGGGCACACUCUCUACAGAGCUCGAGAAACAUCUCGCAACAGCUCCUGCCGACAAGCUCCUCAGUCACCCAGAGCUGACUUCACCGCCGGAUCUGCAAGAAAAGGCCCCAGGCCUCCGCGCAUACGGUAUCUCCAAGCGCGCCAACAUAAUCCGCGUCCAGGCCUCAGCGGCAGCGUGGGGAAAGAAGGGAGCGCGAAUCAACUCGGUCAGUCCGGGAAUCAUAUCGACAGCCAUGGGACAUCAAGAGUUCAACGGGCCACUGAAGGAGCAGUUGCGGGAGCUUGUGGACAAGAGUCCGGCGGCACGUGUAGGUACACCGAGCGAUGUUGCAAACGUUGUUGCUUUUUUGUGCAGUCCCGAGGCGAAUUUCAUUGUCGGCGAGGAUGUCUUGUUGGAUGGAGGCUGGGCGAGUUCGAGGAAGUGGAUUGAGUGA